CGACGACGACGACGCCAACAACUGAUCCAAGAUCCGAUCCCCCAGCCAGGCCAUCCAAUUCAAUUCAUCUCCUUUCAAUCUUCCCACGGCGUGACCGAACUGACCUACCUCAUCCGCCCACCACCCCAGCACCUGGGCCUUCGAUAACCCCGAAACCAAACCCGACCUUUCACCCUCCACCCUCCACCCCAUCCCCAUAAACAUUCACCAUGGCCGGAGGUGCAGCCAAAUUCCGCCACUUGAGCCGCAAGUCGUCUCAUCGUCAAGCUCUCCUCCGUAACCUGGUGACCUCUCUCUUCAAGCACGAAUCCAUCACAACCACCUGGGCCAAGGCGAAGGAGGCGCAACGACUAGCCGAGCAGCUGAUCACUCUGGGCAAGAAGAAUUCCGAAGCUAGUCGGAGACGCGCAUUGUCAACGUUCUAUACCCCACACGAGAUCCUCCCCAAACUCUUCGGUCCUCUGCGCGAACGUUACGCCGAACGGCCAGGCGGUUAUACCCGCGUGCUCCGGGUCGAGCCCAAGAAGGAUGAUCAAGCGGCCAGCGCCAUCCUGGAACUGGUGGAUGGGCCGAAAGAUAUGCGGUUUGCGUUGACGGCACGGACGGUCGCCAGACAACGGUCGCAAGGACUGGAGACACUCAAUGAACUCACUACCAUGAAUGUCAACAAGGUGACGCGGUUCAGGAAAGGCGGCGUGGCGGAUCUGGAGCGCGAGAUCAAGCGCUUAGAAAUUACGGGUCAUGGCCGGGAGGACAAGGCGAAGCCCGCCAAGCCCGCGAAGCAAUAGAGGGGGGAAAGGCAUGUGUCGGGGUUGCUAGAAGAGCCUGUACCCCCCGGGGGCAGAGGGGUCUAUUGUAUUAUCUUACCACCGUGUUUCGUUUUUCCAUCCAGUUGGCCAUCAUGAUUGUAAUUCUAGCUGUUUCCCCCCUCCUACUCGAGUAUCGUCGACAUUAUCGAAGAAGUGGAGUCAUACAGUUUAUUUAUCUAAGCACUAUUCCCCGCCCCCAAG